GCCAAUUACAUUGCAAGACAUAAAGCGGUAAGGAAAGUGUUCCAUUUGAAAUUCAAACGGUUGUGGGUCGGUGAAUGGUGUUCGCGGAUCAAGCAAGAACAAAAUGAAUAAGGAGAAUGCAUCUCGCCUACCCGUAUUCUCUGUGAAGAGGACUUACACAAGUAGCACAGAGAGCAACGGCGAACAACCUGCCCAGAAACUGCGCAAAGUUGAUGGAGAGGCUGGAAAGGUGAAGCAGGCAGCCAGCAUGGCUGGCACUCGCCAUCGUCCAGUGGCUGCAGCCCAUAGAGUAAUGGGCAAACCACUUAGACCAACAGGAGCUGCGACGGUGGCAGAGGGUCCUUCUAAAGCUAUUCAGAAGCGCCCAGUUGCCUCAGUCCCGAAAGCAGUGCCUGCGACUGGUAAAACUGGAGCACGGCGACCAGCCUGGGAUUUGAAGGGUAAAGUGAGUGAUAUGGAAAACAAAGUCCAUGCGUAUCAGAACCGGAUCAAAAGUACUGCCCAAGAGAAUAAGGAUUUGAAGGAUUCUAUGGCCAGGGGGCAAGAGCGGCAACAGCUGAUGGAUGAGGAGAUUCAAACAUUGAAAUACCAGCUGAGCCAAGCUGUAGCAGAGUUGGCAGUCCUGUCUGAAGUCAGAGACCAACUGGAUAAGGUGACUGAAGAUCGGAAUAAUUUCAGGGAGAAAUUCACCACCUUGAAUCAGGAACAUGGUGUACUUUUGAACCUGAGACAAUCUCUUGAGUCUCAGAUUCAGAAUAUACAGACUCAGAUGUCAGUGCAGGGCUCCGUACUAUCCUGCUGUCAAGCCGAUUUGAAGGAGGCACAGGAAUUGCUGAGGAAUCUUGAGGAGAAGGUAGCCCACCAAUCAGAUGAAAUAUACCAGGGAGAAAUGGAGCGCCGGAAGCUGCAUAAUACUAUCCAGGAGCUGAAGGGAAACAUUAGGGUGUUUUGUAGAGUUCGCCCCCUGCUGACAGCCGACCAGUCAAACAUGGCACAAAUGGAGUUUCCUGCUCAUGAUGAGAAGACUCUCAAACUGGCUAAGACUGAGGAGUCCCACACAGGUCGAAAUGGUGACACCCAGCGGAGCUAUAACUUCAGCUUUGACAGAGUGUUUGGACCUAAAGCUUCCCAGAAAGAGGUCUUUGAGGAAAUCGCCCUGCUGGUUCAGUCUGCUCUGGAUGGGUAUAAUGUCUGUUGCUUUGCAUAUGGCCAGACAGGCAGUGGUAAGACUUAUACCAUGGAGGGUGGAGAAGUGGAGGAUACUCAGGGGGUCAUCCCCAGAGCAGUGCACCAGAUCUUUACCACGGCGAAGGCUCUAGAAGAGCAGGGCUGGCAGUACAAAUUUGUUGCAAGUUUUGUGGAGAUCUAUAACGAGACACUGAGAGACCUCCUGUACCGGGGCAAGUCCAACAAACGUCCAGAGCAUGAGAUCAAGAAGACAUCCAACUCUGACAUCACUGUCACCAAUUUGACUUACCAGCAAGUCACCACUGAGGAUGAGGUUUGUAACCUCGUCCUGCUGGCCAAUCGGAAUCGAUCAACUGCUCGGACCAACAUGAAUGAUUACUCCUCUCGCUCUCACUCCGUCUUCCAGUUAGACAUAGAGGGUGAGAAUGCAAACAGAGGAAUCAAGAGUAAAUCUACCCUGUGCCUGGUUGACCUCGCUGGCAGUGAGAGGGUUCAGAAGAGCCAGUCUCAGGGAGAGAGGUUUAAGGAGAUGACUGCAAUUAACAACUCGCUGACCAACCUUGGCAUUGUGAUAACAGCACUUGCAAAUAAGGACAACUUCAUACCAUAUAGAAACUCAAAGCUCACAUAUCUGCUUCAGAAUUGCUUGGGGGGAAACAGCAAGACCCUCAUGUUUGUCAACAUUGCCCCAGAGGAGGAAAGCUUUGGCGAGUCGCUGAACUCCCUUCGAUUUGCCAGCAAGGUCAAUGAAUGUGUCAUCGGGACAGCUUCAGCAAACAGAAAAUGAGCAGCAGGCUUUCAAAAAGAGAAUUUAUACACCAAACAUGGCAUCUUCUUAAUAUGUGUACUUAAUAUUCAAAGCAAUCUGUGCUUAUGAGCACAUGUGUAAAUCGUGUUUUUGACUAUAUUAUAGCCUCAAUUGUAUUUUUUUUUUGUGCUUUUCAUGUAGAGCAGACUAAUUUCUCAAUAAAAUUGGAAUAUUAACUGUCA